AUGCUUCUACCUAUAUUGUCUGUUCUCGCGCCGCAGGCUUUCACUCAGGCAUAUCUCUUAUGCCUUGCAGUCGAGUACCCAGGCACCGCCUUGCUGGCGUUUUCUCUCGCCACACUGAUGAGACACAAGCUCCAUGCAACCGCUAUUCGAAAACGUGCUGCACCCUAUGAACGAAAUCGCAAUGCCCGCGAGGCCCUGGAAAAUCUUUGCAAAUCGGCGCAUGAUGGCGACCGAGCGCCAGAAGACCAUUGUGGUCUGCAUCGGCGCUUGGGGGUGGCAUCUGAUGCCACCGCAGCCGAAAUAGAGUGUGCAUACAACCGGUGCCUACAAGAUGUCGAGGGGCAACCGCAAGAGCGGGAGGCACUGGAUCUUGCCCAUCAAAUCCUCACUGAUCCCGUUCUGCGACAGGCCUACGAUCAGCCGGAGGAGACGCUUCGGCAGGCACAGUCCGAGUGCGUGAUUGACGCCAGCCGUGUUGUCGUUGACAUCUUCGGGCUACAUUUGUUUGCAGAGCAUUGUGGCGCCCCGAUGUUUCUUCUUGUGGACCAGGCACGAUCGAGUCCUUGCCCCCAAUGGGAAGUCGAGGUCGCUCUAAUGGAACGCACGUUAGAUGUGAAGCAACGCCUACUGAAUCGCCUCGAUAAGCUCGUCGAGCUGCAGACCCUUGAAAAGACAGAGGGAUCUGAAAGUGCGCCCCGAACUGAUGCGCGAGAGGCAGUGCUGGCCGAUGCAAGGCACUUGGUGCAAGCCCCGUAUGGCCCACCACUGCUUCAGCUUCUUGCUUCCAUCUACCGAUCUGGUGCCGAGGCCAGUGGUCUCAGCCCAUCAGCCUGGCGUGCCAAGCUCGGCAAUUACUUUGCAGCGAGAGCCCGUGAAUGCGACUCGGAGAAGGCCCUUGAGUCUUUGGUCGCCUUCAAUGAGCACAGAGAGAGAACGCUGAUUCUUCGCCAGCGAGGGCGCGAGUACGCCCAACGCAUUCACACGCGCAAGCUAAGGCUGGAUGGGGACGACCGUGACGAGGUUGAUGAGGAUCAAGAGGAUGAUUUUGUCGAGGUUUUCUAUCACCUGCCAGUGGAUGCUGACACUCGACAAAACGCCGCCACGGCCGCGGUCGCUAGUCACCCGGAUGGUACCAACACUGCUCUCACUCGCGCCCCGAGCGAUUCGGCGAGUUGGCAGGCGCAGGAUUCGCUCGACGAGCCACUCCUGGACGAUGAAGAGCGAGAACAGCUGGACGCCCAAGCACGCGAGGCCAUCGUCAACGUUUUAUGGUAUGACGUUACGUCCGACAUGGCUGAGCUCUUGCACAAAGUUAUCAAACAGAUCCUGACAGAAGAUGACAGCCGACAAGAAUCCCGUGCCGACGCCCUUCGCUUGAUGGCAGACGUCUUUGAUGAGGUGGCAGGCUCUGUGGAAUACACGGCCCAACAUGCCCACGCUCGCCUUCUCAACCUCGAUUGGGCACUGGCCAAGAGGACAGAAAUUCGCGCCGAGCAUAGCACUUGA